AUCUCUUUUCAAGCCCCAAUCAACACAUCAGUGCUGCAGAAGGAGAGAGAGAGAGAGAGAGAGAGCAGCAGCAGCAGCACUGAGCUGAAUGGCGAAUCGCGGCCGGAGGUUUGCUGCUGCCGGCGGUGCUCCGGCGAGGCGGUGUAACCUGGAGCGGUUCCUCGAGGCCACCACGCCGGUAGUCCGGACGGCCUGCUCCUCCAAGAAGAGGAUGAAUGGCUGGAGGCAAUCUGAUGCAGACAAUGGGCUGCCGUUCUUCACUUUGGGCGACCUCUGGGAUGAGUUCAGAGAGAGCAGCGCGUAUGGUAUUGCUGUGCCGAUUGUUCUGAAUGGUUGCCGUGACGGCGCGGUGCAGUAUUACGUCCCUUACUUAUCUGCAAUCCAGCUUUAUGGCAGAUUCAGGAGGCAUUUUUACAAUUCCAGGUCAAAUGGAGAGGACAGCGACGGUGACUACUGUCAAGACACAGGUAGUGAAGAGAUGAGCGACCUUGAACACGACUCAUGUCCCAGCACCAGCACGGAUGCGUUUUCGGUCCAAGAUACCUGCGAGAGCUCAACCAGCGAAGCUUCCAGCGACGAAGGCGAAUCAAGAAGCUCCCACGAGCAGCUUCUCUUCGAGUUUCUCGAAUCUGAGCCUCCCUACCAGCGUGAACCGCUGGCUGACAAGAUUUCUGGUCUUGCCAAGCGUUUUCCGGAGCUGAAUACUCUCAGGAGCUGUGAUUUGUCUCCGACCAGUUGGAUGUCAGUCGCAUGGUAUCCGAUAUACCGAAUUCCGACAGGACCAUCACUACGCGAUCUGGACGCCUGCUUCCUCACAUAUCAUCCUCUAUCCACACAGCUUGCAGGUCACAACUCGCACUGCCAGGAGCCCAAAGGCAGCGGCGGCGAUCCGCGAGCGCACGGCGGGGACCCCGUGACGACGGCGAUGUGCCUCCGGACGUUCGCCAUGGCGUCGUACAGGCUGAAGGUCGCAGCGUGGGCGCCGGGCGGGCGCGACAGGCAGCUGGUUUCCUCCCUCUCGCGGAGCGCCGACGCCUGGGUCGGCCUCCGGAGAGUUCACCACCCGGAUCACCGCUUCUUCGCUGCUCGGCGCGUCGUGCCCAGAAGAUGAAUGAUUUUUAACGGAGAUCGCCUACUUCAGUUUGAUUGGUGAUGCAGCCUAGACUCCCAGAGUGCAGAGCUUCAGUCUGUGGAUUGUCAGGGUCAGAAAGUACUUGGAUGGCUGGAAUUGGAUCACAAAGCGUGAAUCCUAUGUUUUAUUUUGCUAGAAGUAUUUUUCAGAGAAAGCUGAGUUAAGAAUGUAUAUACCAUUACGAGCGAAAAGUACAGUUUGUUCUCAUGGUUUAGUGCUCAUAUUAAAAGGCGAGGCUUUUGUUGUACUAGAAUUCAGAUAUUAACAUAUGAGUUACUGUGCUUCUGUGCUGCUUCAGUGCUUCUGACUUGUGAAUGAC